CGAAGAGCAAGUGAUAUAUCGGCCUGACUCCUCCGGUCGCGUUUCUGCCUCGUUUUUCUCUUUCUUCCUCCGUCGAAACAUUGGAUUUCGUCAGUCGCAAUUGCCCGACUGCUGUCAAAGCAACCUUGGGACAUUUGCCACGAACACAAGCAGAGACCCAGAGGACACCGCAUCUUAGUAUUGGAGACCUCCUGGCCUGCCCUGCCUUUCUUCACCCCAAUCUGUUGAACACAGCCAAUUCAUCCCCACCGACAGACUCGGCGAAAUCCGAGCUUGCCGGAUUCCAAUUGGCAAUUGCUGCAUCAUCGAGAAUUGGGCACUGUAAACUGGAUCACGACGGCGGCUUGGAUCACCAACCAUACGCAAUCAAUCAUUCCGAACUCAGCUUGGCGAAGCUUCCUGACACCUUCGCCGUUCCCGACGCCGGUUUGUUUCAUAUCCCGUGCGACACCACCACCCUUGACACGCUUGUACCGAUGGCCGGCAUGGCCCGACACGGAUCGGUCGGUGCCUUCAGCGGGUUCUCCGUGUGCCAGCCGGCACUCGGGGCUCCCCUGCAGUGGCUCCCCGCAAUUGGCACCCCGGAACUCGACGACAUGAUCAACGCCUCCCUCCCCGGCCCCGCAUCCAUCCAGGACAAGAGGGCCCACAUCUCGAUGGACUUUUUUGAGUACGCCCGCCAGACAGGCGAGACCUUCAAGUUCUACCCCGUUCCCUCGGCAUCCUUCACUCCCGUGACUGCGUCGCCGGCCACUUCCGCUCUCUACGACUCGGGCUACGCAUCGAGCUCCUUCAACCACUCCCCGGUACUGUCGGACCGGGGCUCCUGGACCCAGUCCCCGGUAUCAUUCGUCCCGGCUGUGACUGAUGCGGGGACGAAGGCACGCACCUUUGCCUCCAAGAAGUCCAGCAACUCGAGCACACGGCAGCAGGCGGUCGACUUUGCGAACCAUCCCGGCAUGCGCAUUCUGACCAAGGAUGGCAAGGAUGUCACCAACUCGGCUUCCCGAGGAUGCAAGACUAAGGAGCAGCGGGACCACGCCCACCUGAUGCGGAUCAUCAAGGCUUGCGACUCGUGCCGGAGAAAGAAGGUCCGCUGCGACCCCAGCCACAGGAAGCGGAAUGCCUCGCAAGCUUCCGCUGCACAGGCCGAUCAGAAGCCCGCGAAGCGACCAAAGAAGGCGGGAGAGUCAACUCCCGUGGCAGUGGUUGCUGCGCCGGCCGACUUUGUCACUGCGGACGCCUUCGGCCCGGAGGCUCUUUCCUUUCCCACCUUGGAGACCAGUUAUCCCGAAAAUUUCGAGGAGUACUGGAACGAGUUCACCACCCUUGACCACGAGCCAGUCACUGUUGCUUCUGGCCUUGCCAUUGAUGAAUUCUUCUUCGAUUCUUUCACCGACCUGCAGAGCUUCGUCUCCCCCAGCUCCGGCUCGAGUGCCACUUCGCCAUCCCAGAUCCUCACUCCAUUCUCUCCGGCUCGCCCGGGUGCUUCUCCAGUUGCCGCACCCAAUGUCACGGUCGAGGUUUCGGGCGAGGUUUCACUUGAGGAUCUGACCGUCCCGUAUCUCAACCCGGGCGUUGCCCAUGGCACCAACUAUGUCGACUUCAGCCUCUAUUCACCGGGCCCUGAAGUCUUUGAUGAGGACCCUGUUCUCCAAAUGAGGGAACUCAGAAGCCAACAGCAAUCCCCACAAUCGCCGCGCCAUGUCGCUCACCACACAAUCCCUCAGAACUCGCUAAGCACUUCGGUCGUCGACGUCGCCUGGGCUACACACUCUGGCGAACAAUCAGCUGGCGAGAGGUACACCAUCAGCACCUCGCCCGUUGAUCUUGCCUGGUACUAUGAUCCUGGGGAUACCACCAAUGACAAACCUAGGCGCAACAGCCACAACACACGCGCCAGCCCCACGAUGACCGAUCACAACCGGCUUGUCGAGGAAGAGACUGGUGGUAGUUGUGGCGGCGGCGGUCGCUCGCUCGCUGACCGACACACGACGAACCGCAUGAGACCUGUAGAUGGCCAUGGCUCCGAAGUCUUUGUCAACUCCUCUACCUCGACACCAGUCUCUCAGACGUCUGCACCGGCGGCGCUCUAUGGUUCUACCAGCACUGUGGUUGCCAAUGACCCGCAGUCGUCGGUUAGUCCGGGCACACGACCGCGACCCAGGAGGGUAACUGCGACAUCCCCCGACAGCCCAUCAUCACCUGUCCGCUCGCCCGGUUCCGGCGUGCUUGCAGCAACUGUCAAGUCCUCGCUGCCGUCUGCCACAGCCUGCCCGCGUUCGUCACUUGGCGGGCUUGAUGCGACAUCCUCGACGGCCGGCCGCCAAUUGUGCGAAGCCGUCAGCAUUGCCGCAUGUGGUGGCUUGGUACGCUCUGGACAGGGCUGCCCAAGCAGCACUGUGCCAAGCGAAUAUCUGGCUGGUCGCGAGUCCGGAUCGUCUGCCUGCCUUGACGGACAGCAUGCUGUGCAGCAGGGGACUGUUGCAGUCAAUGCCAUCUUGGCGAUGACGACCAUGCUGUUCUCAACCCUGCCGACACGGCGCAACGUUGUUGGGGACGAUGUGGCGUAUAUUACGUCCUCUUUCUUCCAGCUUGCCGUGUUCGGUCUUGUCUCUAUCCUCUGUGCCGCUGCCUUGCAGGCACACCUGGCAAGUCAAGUCAACCUCGUCAACAUUCUUGCCAUCACAAGCAUAUCCCUGGCCCGGCUCGCACCUUGGUGUUCCGGGCCAUCGGGCGCGCCACUGGUCGGCCCGAAAACCUUGUCACCACCGACGCCGUCUGGCAUCGUCGACAAUGUCAAGUCGAAGAUUCAGUCCAUCUCCGGGAGCCUGUUAUCGGACUUGCGGAGUACGGUAUACAGGCAGGCGAGGAACCUCAUGCCUCGCCUGCCGUCGGUGCAAACAUUGAAGCUGUAAGGCCUUGAUGUUUCUGGCAAGUGUUUUUGAUAUGUUUUGUGAUGGCUUUCUGUUGCCAGCGAGUGCUUUUUGACUAUGAUACCCAGGGUCGGAUAUUGAGACAUGUGGUCGUCCUCUUCUCUUGCUUUGUAUAUACUGUAUUUCGAUGCUUCUCUUGCCCAGCGAGGAAGCGUGGCUUGUGGUAUGGGGUUUGGGGGGAGGACGGCUUGGUGGACUGUGAGGGCCUGACUUGGAGGGGCAGUGUUUUGUUUCCUUGCUGUUUGUUUCUUGAGCAAGACAGCGCUAGCUCUUCCGGCUUGACAAAUUGAAGGUCCUCGCAGGCCAUCGUAAAUUUUUACUUGACCUUUCCUUGCUGCCGGUGGUGUGUCUGGAUGUUUGCAGUCCAACUAACCUCAUACGAUAAAGGAGGGAAGGAUGCUUGAAAUAUGCGAUUUCAAGGGUG